AUCAUACAAUACAAUUGAAUAAUAUAUAGCUAAUAGGUUAGGUUGAAAGAGAUGGAGAAGAAAAACAUUAUAUUAGGGAAGGUGUAAGCAGAGACAUAAUGAAGAAAAGUCCUUCUGAGCAGGCGCUUGCAGAGCUUUUUUGGGGGAAGAAUGGAGGCGAUAAGGACAUUUCUAUUGCUCAUUUUCAUCACCAUCCCUCCCUCCUCCUCAUAAAUCAGGAUGUAAUGCAUGGGCUUUCGAGUUUGAAUCCCUUGAAUGAUCAUGUCAAUUUCUGGUCUAAGAAAACAACUCCCAGCCAUGCAGGCAUUGUAGGACCUGGGGAUGCACAGUCUUCAACAUGUGAUAUUACGAAAAAUACUGGAGCUACCAGUGGAUCCUCUCACGAACUAUGGGAGGAUGAUGACAUGGACGCAGAAGAAGGAGGUGCAUGCGAGCAAAGCGUGGUCAAUAAUAAUGAUGUGAAACGCACAAAGAGGAUGGCUUCCAAUAGGGAAUCUGCUAGGCGUUCAAGAAGAAGAAAGCAAGAGCAGUUGGCAGAACUGGAAAACCAGGUUGAUCAACUACGAGGAGAAAAUGCAUCUUUGUUCAAGCAACUUGCAGGUGCUGCUCAGCAAUAUAAAGACUCUUCAACAAAUAAUCGAGUGCUUAAAUCAGAUGUGGAAGCAUUGCGAGCCAAGGUGAAGCUAGCAGAAGAUAUGGUUGGUCGAGGUUCAGUGAAUUCUAGUUUGAGCCAUCUUAUUCAAAACUAUCUCACCGCUCCGAGAACUACACUAGGCAUUAAUAAUGUAUGCCGUUUGGAUAAUAUGUCUUCUACAAUGAUAAGUGUCCCCGAAUUGGAAGGCCAUGCCCAUGAUUAUUCGCCAUCGCUGCUUCAAAGGGUAGCAAUCCAGGGGCCAACUUCAACUAUGGAACUCCACAAUAAUGUUGAUUCUUAUACUGAUAGUAACUUGAAAAAUAAUAAUAAUAAUAAUAAUAAUAAUAAUAAUAAUGGAGUUAUAAGUGAAGUUGUGAGCUGCGUAAUAGAUAUGUGGUCCCCGCUCGCUAGUUAGCUAGCUAGCUACGAUCAGAUCAGAACCUCAAUCUAUCUCAAACUUUAAUAAUUAGUAUUAGUAUUGGUGUGCUUACGAUAAACAAAGUUUGCUUAAGAUCAUAUGGUCUGAUCUGGCCUUAUUAUAUAUGUAGUUUCAUCUAAGUUGUACCUA